AUGGCUGCUGGAUUGAAAACCGUCAUUCUUCUUUCAUUUGUCCUUGCGGUGGGAUUCUUGCUCAUAAUAUUAUCUUGCGCACUAUGGCACAAUUGGUUACCAUUACUCGUUGCCAUCACAUUCGUCAUUGCUCCUCUUCCGAAUGCUCUAUUUUCUCAUUGCGGCGCCGACGACUUCUCUGGCAGCUAUGAAUCUACGGGCGCAGUAGAUCUGGGCCGUUUCCUCACGUCCCUCAUCGUAGUCACUGGAUUUGCUUUUCCAAUCAUUUUGGCUCACUCUGGAGUGAUCAAUACAAGUGCUUGCGUGAUGUCUAUAAUGGGGGGAGGAUUGGUUUAUGGUACCAUCUUAGCCUACUCUCAGGCUUUCAAACAGGAUGAAUCCGAAUUUGACUGA